CUCGGCGGCAAAGCAUUGUGGGUCGGUGCGGUGACAGACGCCAUGAUUUUCUUGACUUGAGCUGGACCAGAAAAUGGAUGCUUCCUGCUAGUUAGUUGAAUGGGUAGCUCCAUAAGGUUUUUUGGGCAGCAUUUCAAACCACCUGUCUCGGAUAUUACACUUAAAGGAUACAAGCCUACAUGUCCGUUUCCUUUAAAUACGAGCUGAAUCUGACAUAAGCAGGCUGUUGUUACUAAAGUGGAGCUGGGUUAGCUAGAGGCUAGCACCAGCUAGCUGGCUAAUGCUAGCUAGCAGUCACCACCGGGUUGCCAAUGUUUGUUAGUUAGUUAGCUAGCUAGCUAAAAGAGGCUAGCACGAAAAUAAUAUCUGGCUGAUCAUACAAAUAAAUGCACUGUCACUUAUUUGGCCGAAGGACAGAGAUAUAAAUCGGAACAAAGGCUACACCUUAAGGUAUGGCCUGGAUUUGAUUUGGACGGCGCUGGUGAUGGCAGAAGGGACUGACACUGGCGAAAUGCCCUCCUUUGACCCAAAUCCAAGUUCUGAAGCAAAAAAGAGACCCACUUCUUCUGAUGGCAGAGACGAGCCCAUGAGGAAAAUGCCUGUGUCAAAAUUUGGUUCCAGGCCUCGAUUCGAGCCUGUACACUUUGUCAGUGGUGGAAGCAGCGGAGGAACUGGUGCUGAUGAGAAGGAAAAUGAAAAGGAGCGCAGGAGGAGUGAGUCGUACGGUGCAAGGCAGUGGGACUCUGAACACUCAUCCUACACGGGCACCAGCAGAGAGCAGGGCUCCUCGUCCCUGAGGCCUGGUUUUGACAGAGCGCCAUCGCACAGUUUGGACUCUUGGGGUUCCCAUAGAGAUAGAGGCCGAGAUACUUUUUCAGGUAGUGCAGGUGGGUUGGGAUAUGGAGGACGUGGGUCCACUUUAAACUUUAUGGCAAAAACACAGCAGGACUACUCAGCCAAGUAUGAAGCCCACCCCUCUCGAACUCUGGAUUCUUAUUCACAGCCCCACAGAUACAAUGGAUAUGGGGGAGGGAGCAGAUCGGGAGGCUGGGAUUCGGGACGUCAAGGUUUGGGGUUCAGUCAUCAGGACCGGCCGUCAUCAAGCAGGCCAUUCAGCAGAGUCUACAACAGCCCAGGCAGGAGCAGUCCUUGUCCCGCCACUUCUCAGUCGGGCUUCUCCUUGCAGCCUAUUGCUAUAUCUCAGCCAAUUUUAGAUGAGAAGCAAAGGCUGAUUUCCUGUGUAGCGUCUGCAUUGGCUGUUGCUUUUAGGGACCCCGUGUUCAUGACUGGAAGUGAAUCGCCAAAUUAUAAUUUUAUGUUGAGCCGCAGUAUUCAGGCCUGCAAGACUAAUCCAGAGUAUAUAUAUGUCAACCUGAAGGACAUUCCCCAGGCUGACCUACCGAAGAACAGGAAAGUACCAACAGACGGUUACGCCUGUGAGCUGAGAUGCCAGGGUGUGUAUCUUGCUACCGGAUACUCCGGUAGUAAAAAUGGAGCGAGGGACCGGGCCUCUGAGCAGGCUGUAAAACUCUUCCUGAAAACAGUUGAGGUCCGUGUGGUGCAGCGCAAAUACAGACACUCGUUGGUCAAUGACAUAGUUGUGUGCCAGAUGCACAGCCCAACCCCAAGCUUUUUACCUGCACUCCGAAACCCAGAUGAUAAACCGACACCAAGCUCUAAGGGCCAAUAUGAGCCUGAUAAACGUAAGCACUGGACAGAGUUUGUAGUUAUGGACAACGCUCAUGAUGCUAUUUGCAUACUCAACAAUUCUGCGGCUUUUAAUCGCAUGAAGAUAGACUAUAAGUUUGAGCUGCUUCCCAACAACAGUGCUUGGCUGUGCAGUGUUUUCCUGCAGGAUGAGCUUGUGGCACAGGCAACAGGUACCAAAAAGAGCUCAAAGCAUGCAGCAGCUGAAGACGCAGUGAGGAAACUUCGCAUGAAUCAGGCACAACGACAGCAGCAGCUGCAGCAACAUCAGCAACUACAACAACAACAACAGCUACAACAACCGCAACAACAGCAACAGUCACAGUACUCAAGAGGAACUAAUCUGUCAGAUUCUGGUGGACGCUUUGUUCAACAGGUUGGCAAAAAAAAGCAUCUGAGCGAGUUGGUCAUCCUUGAAAACUCUGAUAAUGCAAUCUGUAUCAUUAAUGACACAGCUCAGUUUAAUAAAGUGACAGCUGAUUACAAGUUCACAGUCCUGCCUGAUCAUCGCUGGAGGUGUGAAGUUUACUUGGAAGGACAGUAUGUAGCAGCAGGAAUUGGGCCCAAGAAAAUAGUGAAGCACAUUGCAGCAAAUGAGGCCUUAGCCACCUUGAGACAGACACAUGCUGUGGUCAAAUCCAACCUAAGAAAGGAGGGGAAUAGCGACGCCAUAUCCCGAUCCCAGAUCCUGGCUCACUCUGGUGAAGAGGCCAUAAGGCAGGAGAUUAAGGAAGACAACAUCGGAAACCAGCUGCUCCGCAAGAUGGGCUGGAAAGGAGGUGGUCUGGGCCGAGAUGGGGAAGGCAUUGCUGAACCAAUCAGAGUGAAAGAACAGUUCUCCAGGGAAGGGUUGGGUAUGGACAUGGACAAAGCUGGAAACCAGCUCAGCAAACGUGAUAUUGAGGACAUCAUUCGUAACUAUGCCAGUUCAGACCGUCAGGAUGAUCUUCGCUUCUCCACUGACCUCACCAACGAUGAACGCAAGCAGAUCCACCAGAUAUCUCAGAAAUACGGCCUACGGAGCAAGUCAUACGGACAAGGGCGGCAACGGUUUCUUGUGGUCAGUCGCAAAGUGCACAAAGACCAGCUCAUUGGUCAGCUUUUACAGGAGGGACAGGUGGGACGAUAUGAACUUGUUAAACCACAGGCCUCUCACUGAUUUGCAUGCGUUGCAAAAUUAAAAAUAAAUAAAUAAAUCAUUUGACAUCCACUUGGACUUCAGUACAAAUCACACUCAAGUGUAACUGCUCUGUUUAUACUUGUGGGUGACCAACUUACAAUACAUUAAUAAAAGAGAAUUAGAUCAGGAUUACCUGUGGUUUCUGCAUUCCUUUGCCAUCAAAUGUGCUUUAGCUUUAGCAGGGGAUAAUUUAGGACAAGUGAUUUGUCUUUUUCGGUCUCCUGCCAUUCCACGUGUUAUUUGUUUCACUUUUGCACAAGCGUGUGUUUGGUUUGUGGAAUUGUGUCUUGACGUUCCCGGUAUUUUUACUUAAAAAAUGGCAAGGUUUUCCUGGCUAUUUAGGGAACCUGGCAGAACAUGCAGCUUUUUACUGCUUGUUUAACACUGUUGACAGUUGACUCAUGAGAGGCAUCAACAUCAAAAUAGCUAGGUGAACAUAUCAGUCUCACUAUAGCGAUACAUUUCUAUCUCUCUACCAGCAAUGCCGUUUGCUCUUUUAACACCAAUCAUUUUACAAAUACCCAAGCUGCAUCCAUAAUCAGAAAUCUUCACAUGGAAAGUGUAAGCUGUGAUCUUUGUCUGUGUUGGUUUAUGUGAGUACAGUUAACUUGUCUGCUUGUCUUCACAGCUGUUAAAUAAAUUUAAACUGAUAACAAUCAGAUGGGUAUUUUUGUACUGAGUUAAAAAGGUGCAAAGACAAUUGAUGUAUAUUUAUUUUAUUUACAAGAAAAUGUACAGUUUGUUACAUGGGUUACCAGUGCAACGUUUUAUAAUCUGAAAACUGUUUUUAAACAGUGUUAUCAGCUUAUGUCAGCUGAUGUGUAAGAUUGUAAAAUAGCAUAGAAAUAUUCUCACACAGCCUUUAAAUGUCAUUACGAAACUGUGCAUGAAACAAAGUUUCCAGAGAGGGUACUAAAUGUCUUGUUUCUGUGUUGAAGAGGGACAUGUAUACAUAUUCACCAAUAUCUAGAGCGUUUUAUAGUUAAAGGCAUGGCUUUACAAGAACAGUUGAGAAAAAAAUGACCCCCAAAGGCAUCUGUUGUUGACAACUUGUUAGAGGGAUGGAUGUCCAUGCCAGGUUAAUGUUCCAUCCCUCUAAAAGGCUUUCAAAAGACAAA